CAGGCAUCGUUCUCGCCACAUUUACCGGUCGAAAUCCGUUUUUUAGUGUAAAUCACAGUGCGCAUUACCUACCAUGGGUAAAAUUAAGGCUGAAAAGGAUCAACCCAGUGAAGAUGCCGAUGUUUCCGUCGCCGUCAAAGAAGAGGACACAUACGAUGAUAAGUUGAAAAACGCUAGUGCUAUCGCCCAGCCAAUGGCAUCGAAGAAAUUGACCAAAAAGAUUCAUAAACUCAUCGAAAAAGCAUCUAAGCAGAAAACUUUCCUCCGCAACGGUCUGAAGGACGUUCAGAUACGCCUACGUAAAGGAGAAACGGGACUUGUUGUCUUCGCGGGCGAUGUGACGCCGAUUGAAAUCAUGUGCCACCUGCCGGCAGUGUGUGAGGAGAAAAAUAUUCCCUACUGCUACGCACCCAGCCGCAAGGAUCUCGGGGCAGCGAUGGGGGUGAAGCGAGGCACGGUAGCGAUGUUGAUCCGCGAGCACCCAGACUAUAAGGAAUUGUACGAUAAACUAAAGGAAGAGUUUUCCACCCUUCCCGUACCUUCGUAGUCAAUUUUAGGCCCGUGUCGGUUGUGCACGUUAAGAUACCAUUGAAUUGAUUGCAGGAGAAUUGUUCUGUGAAUUUUUUGCGAAUUAUAUUUUUUGAAUUCAGUGGAUGAAUUUGAUGAACUAUGAUACUUUCUUUCGGUUUUAUACAUCGAAAGCAGCGGAAGCGUCAAUGUCGAGUUCAAAGACAGCCAGGUUUAUUAAGUUAGCUACUACCGAUUAGUACACAUAAAUUUGCCUAUCGAAAAAAAAAACAACAAUAA